AUGGUGAAAUAUAUCGGUGCAACAGUUGGUAUAGAUAAUGGUAGUCCAGAGGGAUACUACACCUAUGCUUAUGGAGCGUUCGAUUACAUUAAUCGCAGGUUUGGAUAUACCAUGAACGUGAAGAACGUCGACGGAAAAAGCUCGCAUGUCUACCGUGUGGUCCAAAAAUAUGAGGAGGAUACUGAAUGGAUCAUACAUGAAGUCACACGGAGCUGUCUGAGGAGGAAGGCCUAUCAACCAGAGCCAAGUCCUUGCGUACCAGAGCGAGCAGAUUUAUCGACCACCUUCUUCUUGGGCGGGGCCAAAGGAUUGGAGGUAGAUAACUGGUCCUACACCUAUACCAGUCCUAAGGAUCCUCUAGACGGUGUGGUAGCUCUGAACACGGUCCAUGGAUCCUGUAUACCUAUGGGAGGAUCUAUCUUCGGCAAGGUCAACAGCGGUGGACAGGAAGUUUCUUUCGUGAUUGCCAGUGGAGUACUGAACAUGACACGUUCCAUACCCGAUCCUAAUCGAUGGUUCACUCUACCAAGCUAUUGCAACCAAUCGGUGACCUUGUCCGGUGACAGCACAGUGUUUGAUCACGAAGUCUUGAAGUUACCCAUCUUCUUCUAAAUUAGAUCGUUCUCACGGAUGGGUUUCAGAAAUCUGUGCUUAAAAACAUUAUGCUCCACUCUGCUUUCUUGAUGUUCCCAAGAUAAAUUCAAAAUAAUAUUGUCAAUAAACUUCUUCCAAAAAAAGACCCUUCUACCAAAACGCCUUUCAAAAAUCAAGUUGCAGCUAAUCUGGAUUUACGAACAGCUUCAUGAUACUUCGGACUGAUAGUCACUUCUAACCAUCUGGAAAAAAAAAACUUUACCUGAUGAGUGAGGGGAUAGGGGUAGAUCUUGAAGAUACCAUUUUCCUUUUCAAGUAAAGGGGCGGGCUGUGGUAAAUUUUAGAUUCUGACAUUCCAAAACUUUCCUGAAUAUAGCAAGAUCCGUGGUAAAAUCAUGAUUGUAAAUUUCGGUAGGAAUCUUGUAGACGAACGCUGGUGCAAUUGGAAAUGUUAAGACAAACGACAUUCAUUGUUAGAAUUGUACCGCAGUGAAUAUAUUUGAUUAAUAAAGAUUAAUAAUUGUUUGACGAAAUUUUGUAUAUAAUCUGUUACUUUCCUAAAUUUGGUUUUAAACCAGUAUCGACCGUUGCACCAGCUUUUAAGUAUAGGCCAAAAUAAAUGUGUAUGGGCAACUGCAAAAUAUUGUUGUACUAAAUUGUUGUACUAAUUAAGAAAUAAACUAAGUUUGAAACAUAAAGUUUGUGUCGGAAUUUCUUAGUUUCAUGAUGUCUAAAAAAAAGAUACUUACAGAUUUUGACCUAUUCUUUCAGACAGGGCACAUGGACAAGGGGGGGGGGUGGGUGGGCAGUUUGAUGCAGGGUUUCAACCCCCCCCCCCCAUACACAUACACACCUUUGCUUUGUCAUGUAAAUGUGUACAAAAAAUGCCAUCUUAUUGUGAUUUUUUAAAUGAUCACCUCAUGAUCUUCAUGGACUUAUGGGACAGGGACGGAUCCAGGAUUUUCCAAAGGGGGGGGGGGGGCACAGUUUCCCGAUGAAAAUUCGACACGCAAAAAAAAGGUUUCCAUCUAAAAUAGAAGGUCACGUCCUUGGAAAAUAAUGUAUGACAAGCAAGAAAAAAAGGUCCUCACUUUCAAAAGGGGGACGUACACUUUGGUAAACACGGUAUUUUUUACAUUAAAAAAAAUCAUUAUGGCUCUCAAAAGGAGGGGGCAC